AUGGAAGAGGUUGGAGAUGAAGAGGCGCAUUUCUUGAAGAAAAAGACGAAAAACGUCGAGUUGGAUGUACACGGUACGGAGACAGCUGUGAUAGUUCGCUAUGAAAUGGUGCUUUCUUCUGCUUUGGCGUCGCACUCGAAACACUAUCAAAAAAUAAUCCAGUUGAAGGACUUAAGUGAGACGGUGGAUGUGAACGCACUGGCACGUUACAUAUUGCAGCGAUGCCCUUUGAUUGCAGAGUCUCGUAUUGUUGAACUCGAGCAAAUACUUUACUAUCUGCAGAAACGACAGCAAUUGAGCAAUUCUGGUAUAAGACUGGAACAGGUAAUGUUAGGGUUGACGGGUAUAUCUGGGAUUGACAUGGACGAUUUGUUGAUGAAGAUGAGUGAUUCAGGUGAUGCAUCAUCAAUAAUACAGGCGACACCGUUUGAAAAUGUUUCAUCGAUGAGAGCAAGUCUUGCAAGCAUUGAUGUGAGAAUAAUUGCGAUCUUUUCAAUCGUGUUCUCAAUUGGAAGUCUUGUUGAUAAUUGUGCAUUUGGCAGUUCUAAGCCCAUGAGAUUCGAUGCAAAAAUGGAGACUUAUGAUGUAUCAUUGAAGGAGUACAUUGAGAUGUUAUAUGAGGAAACUGCCGAAAAGACGCGAGGUGCAGCUCUAGUACUGCAGUUAUGCACAAACACUGCCAAUAUUCAACAGCUGAUUGAAAAUGAGACUCUAAUUGUUGCGUUGGCACGUGUGCUUCGUGAUGACUGGAAGAAGAGUUUUGAGUUGGCCACAAAAAUAGUCUCCAUAUUUUGCGUAUUCUCAUCGUAUACUCAAUUCCAAUCGAUCAUUGCGCAUCAUAAGAUGGGUGCGUUAUGCAUGCAAAUAAUCGAAUACGAGCUGAAACGUUCGGCAGCGUGGUCUCAAGAGGCGCGAUCUGCUGAUCAGAAGGCAGCUCGUAAACUGCAUUUGGCCAUCAGAAAACAACAACAACUCAUUGCUGUGUGUGUGAAUUUGCUGAUGAAUCUGGCGGAUGACAUAAAGGUGGAAUUGAAAAUGGUGAAUCGUGACAUUGUGAUGUUGAUAUCGAAAUGUAUCUGCGACAAGGAGACGAAUAGCGAUUUGUUGAUUGCUGCCGUGCAGUUUCUGUUGAAAUUGAGCAUUUUCGCUGAUAAUCAUGAUGCGUUGGUGAAUGGUCGUUGCGUCGAGAGUCUGUCAGCGCUGUUCCCGAUCGAAAAUGCAGUUUUACGUCAUAAUGUCAUUCGACUUUUAUUCAAUCUUUCUUUCGACGUUUCGUUGCGAAAUCAAAUGGUAUCCGCUGGUCUUGUUUCACAUAUCGCAGCGCUUAUUGAUGCAGAUGAAUGUGCUCUGAAUUUGAUGUAUCAGUUGAGUAUAAAUGAUGAUGCGAAAGCAAUGAUCACCUUCACUGACACCAUUCAAACGUUGAUCGAUGCUGUGUUGAACAACGUGGAUGCAUCAACAGAUACAAUGAAGGCAUUGUUGGUGAAUAUAGCGAUUGAAAAGCGAAAUGCGCAAUUGAUUUGUGGCAUCGAUGGCGCAGGGCUUGAUAAGAUCAUAUCGUUAUCGGUUUCGACGAAGGAUCAGCUGUUGAUGAAGAAAUGGUCGAAAAAAUUAUUGGAGAUAGCGAUCAGCGAGGACGAACAGUUAGCGGGACGUACUCAACGGGUAGAGUCGACGACGAGUGAUAGUAGUCAUAGCUGUUGGUUCGCGAUCGAGUGUUUAGGAUGUGUGAAUCAAUUGAGUGCACUUGACUGGGCUUCAUUGGCUAACGAGUUGUCUUUGGUGGCAUGGAUACAGAGGAAAAUAGCGUUGCACACUCGAGGACGUGGCUCGAAUGACCUGAUUUUACAGGUAGUGAUAUUAUGUGGAACAAUGGCUCGCCAACUUGAGGCAGCACGUUUGCUAAUACCUGUUACUGAUCAAUUGGUGGAACUCUUAUCAGCUCAACAAGAAGACGACGAGAUGGUCGUUCAAGUGAUAUACGUGUUCUAUGCACUGAUCAGUCACGAACAGCUCAGUGAGAGUAUUAUGGGUGGAAGUGCGCAUAUCGGAGCGUAUCUGAUUGAUUUGAUGCACGAUCGGAACGCACCUAUCAGAGCGAUUUGCGACAGGGCGUUGUCGUUGAUUGCGGAACGCAGUGAGGAGUGGUCACGUAAAAUGGAUGUGGAACGUUUCCGAUGGCAUAACGCGCAGUGGUUAGAGAUGGUGUCUGGCACAGAGCUUGAUGCUCCGACUGGGAACUUGUUGUCUGCGGGCGUUGACUCGGUGAUGUCCGACUCACCGGACAUAUUCAACGAGGUGUUCGGUGCCGAGGAUAUCCUCGAUGAUACGGCCAUAGAAAUGGUAGGCUUGUCAAUAGAGUGGUCGAACACUAAUAUACGUCAAGCUUGUGCGUGCUCAUGCGUGUGCGGUGUUUGCACGGUGCUCUUGAUCGGAAUCGUGUCCAUAACCCGCUCGUUGGUGCUCACCUCGGCCGCGUGGCUGUCCGUCUUCUCGUUGUUCUCGCUGAUCUCGACCGUGAUCGCACUGUCUGUAACGCACAAACCUUCUGCGAGUUAUUCGUUUGGCUUCGCCCGAGCACCGGUUUUGGCAGUGUUCUCGACAACGGUAUUGGCCACUUUGUCGUCGAUAUUCCUGGUGAAAGAGAGUGUCGAGCAUUUACUCGAGGCUGACUCGCAUUCGCAUUCGAUCCCGCAUAAAUUCUACAUGAUCGGUGCAUUCGCUGCGUCUAUUCCUUAUAUUCCAGGAACACUUUGCGGAUGUGUCGCAUGCAAUCUGCUACGUUCUACCAGGCCUCAGUGUGUUGCUGUUACCAAGGCUGAACGCAAUGUCCAUCCUGGCAUUCCUGACCACGUGUGCUUGUUUUGCAACUCAUUGGUUCAUCGCAGAGUUGUGGUGGAUCGAUGCCGUAUCUGCGCUGGUGUUGUCGUUGUGUGUAUUCGCUACAAUGUGGCCACUAUCUACUUAUACUGGUANGGUAGAAUACUUCUGCAGACCUCACCUCCACACGUGCUGAAUCAGUUAGAUCGUUCGAUGGCUGGAACGGUUGAUGUGCGAGUGAGGCGAGACGCUGACGAGCAGAGGGUGCUGGCCGCGGUCACUGAGAAGUUAUCUGCGGUCGUUUCAUUGCUUACGGUUCAGGUGGUGAAAGAUGCGACAGCAUCGUGGCACGCUCUCAACAAGACACCAUCAGGAACAGGUUUGGCAGGAGGUUACUACCCAGCGUCGAUCUCGGCUCAACAAGCCAACAUCCAGCACUCAUCAUCACAACCGAACUUCGGUUACAUCAAUCAAUCCACUGAUAACAGCAAUACUCAUUUGGAUUUAGGUGCAAGUCAUGGGCAUUCUCACGAUGCGCACGUCAUACAUCAUUAA